ACUAGACACAUCUAAAGUCUAAACAUCUCAUAAUUUGGGUUUUCUGAAAUCUCAACUUCUGAAAAGUUGAAAUGAAGUGUCCAUACUGCUCAGCACCGGCGUACAACGGGAAGUGCACAAACACCCCAUCAGGUCGAUACAUAACCGAAUGCAUCUCCUGUGGUCGUGUAAUCGAAGAACGUCAAACACAAUCUCACCAUCUUUUUCAUCUUCGUAGCCAAGAUUCUCCUCUUCUUCUUUCUACUUCCGACCUCUCUCUCUCUCCUCCUCAACCACCUUCACCUGACCCAGAUGACCCAUUUAAUCAUACUGGCUUCAUCACUGCUUUCUCCACAUCUUCUCUUCAUCAUUCUCCUCUUUUUUCUCUCUCUUCUCUUUCCUUCUCUGGCUACCUUGCUGAACUUGAACGUGCUCUUGAGGGUACUUCUGUCAAUUCAUCAUCUUCUUCUUCUGGGGUUGUUGUUGAUAAUUUGAGGGCUUAUCUUCAAAUUCUUGAUGUUGCUUCUAUUUUGGCUUUGGAUUAUGAUAUAUCUGAUCAUGCUUUUCAGUUGUUUAGAGAUUGUUCUUCUGCUACUUGUUUGCGUAAUCGUAGUGUUGAGGCUCUUGCUACUGCUUGUCUUGUUCAAGCUAUUCGUGAAGCUCAGGAGCCUCGUACUCUCCAGGAGAUUUCUAUUGCAGCGAACCUUCCUCAAAAAGAGAUUGGAAAGUACAUCAAGAUCUUGGGAGAAGCUCUACAACUCAGUCAACCAAUCAACAGCAACUCCAUAGCUGUACAUAUGCCUAGAUUCUGUAACCUUCUUCAGCUUAAUAAAUCCGCCCAGGAACUUGCUACUCACAUUGGAGAAGUUGUGAUGAACAAAUGUUUCUGCACGCGUAGGAACCCUAUAAGUAUAUCAGCUGCUGCUAUUUAUCUGGCCUGUCAAUUAGAGGAUAGACGCAAGACGCAGGCAGAGAUAUGUAAGGUAACAGGUCUCACUGAAGUCACACUUAGAAAAGUCUACAAGGAGCUGCUUGAGAAUUGGGAUGAUCUUCUCCCAUCUAACUAUACUCCAGUUGUCCCUCCUGAAAAAGCAUUUCCAACUACUACAAUCGCUUCUGGCCGCUCUGCAACCCCUAGAGCCGAACUGCCAGAAAUUGCUACAUUGGAUCGAGAAAAGCAGCCUGAGAUCAAACAGCCCAAAACGAAUCAGGUCUCUGAGACAACCUAUCAUGACAGGGCAAAGGUGGAGAAUGACAGUAAUGCCACUAUUACAAAUAAGGCACCCACUUCUUGGAAACCCGGGGUUCAGCUUGGUACUAAUGUUGUGAAGAACAGUGGUGAGAUCAAUCAAGGAAUUGGGUUGAAGUUUACUUCAAGUAUGCCAGAAGCAGAGCAAAAAAGCAUUGGCUCUCUGAGACCUAAUCCAUUUGCUGCUGCUCAGGUUCUUAGUGCAACUUCCACAGCACGAUCUUCACAUACAUCAAGCUCUUCUCCGCAUGUUCAAAAUCCGCAACCAGGGCAUUACCAGACAGCAGUAGGUUCCCGUUCUUCGGAGUUUAAAGAUUCUGGCAGACAUAAUUUAGGCAAAGGGUCUGAUGGAGCUGCAGGAAGAUAAUUCGAUGCAGUGUAGACAUGUAGUUCUUGGAUUUUAACUUCAAUAUUGCUAAUCAGGAAGGUUCUUCAUUGUGUAUAACAUAUCAUCAAAGGAAUAGAGGUUUUUUCAUCUUUUUCAUGUUGGAAUACCUGCAAAUUUUCCUUUCCAAAAAGGAUGGAUAUGCUCUAUUGCAAUGUACUUUGGAUCUUUUUUCUAAUUUUUUUUGUCGGGUGUA